AUGAGGUCCGGAAUUCAUAAUAAAAUGUGCUGGAAUCGGGCCCUUGUCACCGGCUUGGCACUGGUGCUGGUCCAGAUGCUGUGUUUAGAGGGAGUCCCCAUCAGUAUUGAUAAGACAAAAGUGAAAGAGCCAGAGAAGACACCUGAAGAGCCUCCAGCCAGUGUGGACACUGGACUCCACUAUGACCGCUACCUCAGGGAAGUCAUUGAUUUUCUAGAGAAAGAUCAGCAUUUCAGAGAAAAGCUCCACAACACAGACAUGGAAGACAUCAAGCAAGGUAAACUGGCCAAAGAGCUGGACUUUGUCAGCCAUCAUGUCCGAACUAAACUGGAUGAGCUGAAGCGGCAGGAGGUGAACCGACUACGGACUCUCAUUAAGGCCAAGCAAGACCUUGAAGGUGGAAAUGACAUCGCAGUGGAUCACCAGGCUUUGUUGAAACAGUUUGAGUACUUAAACCACAUGAACCCACACACAUUUGAGGUGGAUGACCUGGAUCGUCUCAUCAGAUCUGCCACUAAAGAUCUGGAGAACUACGACAAAGAGAGACACGAUGAGUUCAAGAGAUAUGAAAUGAUGAAAGAGCACGACAGACGGGAACACCUGAAAACACUGGAUGAGGAUGACAGAAAGAAAGAAGAGGAGCACUAUGAGGAGAUGAGGAAGAAGCAUGCUGACCACCCUAAAGUCAACCACCCGGGUAGCCAGAAUCAACUGAAGGAGGUGUGGGAGGAGGCAGAUGGCUUAGACCCUGAAGAUUUUGACCCCAAGACUUUUUUUAACCUGCAUGAUACCAAUGGAGAUGGCUUUUUUGAUGAACAGGAACUGGAGGCACUCUUCACCAAAGAGUUGGAAAAGAUUUAUGACCCCACAAAUGAAGAAGAUGAUAUGGUGGAGAUGGAGGAAGAGAGGCUACGUAUGAGGGAGCAUGUCAUGAAUGAGGUGGAUUCUAACAAAGACAGGCUGGUCUCUUUAGAUGAAUUCCUGGUUGCUACAAAGAAAAAAGAAUUCUUGGAGCCAGAUAGCUGGGAGACUCUGGAGCAGAACCAGGCGUACACAGACGAAGAGAUGAGAGAGUUUGAGGAGCAUCUUGCUCAGCAGGAACAGGACCUCAACCUGAAGGCUGUUGACCUCCAGAAACAGAGGGAUGAGCUGGAGAGACAACAGGAGCAGCUUAAUGCACAGAAAAUUGAGCUGCAACAGGCGGUUGAGCAUAUGGAGCGGCUGAAAUCACAGAAGGUAGAACCCCCUCCAGAGGUUCAUGUUGACAGAAAUGAUAUACCAGAGAUACACGACAACCAGCUGCAAGUUGAACCAGAGGCCCAAGUACAAGAGCAUCAACCUGCACAGCAAAUUCCUCAGGACACACCUCAAGAACACCAUGAACAGCAAAAUCAAGUCCUAGACCAGCACGGUCUCCCCCAGGCACACCAGGAUCUGCCACCAGGCCACCAUGAAGCUGCACAAGGCGAGCAUAACAUGCCAUAAACAAAACUUGAACCUCCACCACCAGACUUUUGCAGCACCUCCUCCCCUCCCAACGUGCAGAGGAGCAGUCCCUCCUGACUAUUAGGUCUCUUUAACCAGCAUGAUGUGGGGGUUUGGAGGAUACUUGAGAUGGAGAGCAGCACAAAAGGAAUCCCUGUUGAAUGACGCUAGUGUUCGAUAAUAACUGUAAUCCUCAGAUUACAUUCCGGAAUUACAAUAGUAAACCGACUAAGGACAUGCAUCUUUAAAAUGUUAACACAAGCAUUUAAAGUUGUUUGAUCAAAUUUCGAAAUUAUUAAGAAUGUUUGGUAAAGAUUAUACAAAAAAAUAUAAUCUUGGUGAGCUAUGAUGUCCUGCUGUUUGCUGUUUGAAUUACAGAACCUCUAAGAUGACAUCAGCCUGAGCCUGUUGGAAAUGUGCAGUGCAGCUAUUGAGUUUUAAUUUAAUAGAUUUUGAUUUUCAGACCUGAUGACUCAAAUUACCCCAUACAUCUUUUUUUUUUUUUUUUUUAAGGAUUAGUUUACAUGUAUGAUUUGUGGUGAAAUUUAUUUCACUGUCAAGUAUUUUAGAAAUUGAGUACAAGAGACAUUUUUAAAAUCUAUCAAAGAAGCACUCAAGUCAUUAUAAACAGUAAUGAGCAUUUAAUUAAACCAUUUCACUUAAAACAAGUAAGGACUUCUUGAUGCAGAAAGGUACAGUAUCUCUUUACUGUAAUCCACAAGGGUUCAGUCAGACCUUUGUUGUAAACAUUACUAUUUCAGUCAUCUUCAGCUGAAGUCAUCACCACAUAUUAGGAUCUUUUAACCAGGAGCACCCUCAUGAAGCCACGUGGUUCAGAAUCAAGAACUCAACCAAAACUUUUUCUACUUUCUUAGUGUUGAUUCUGGUUGCUGUAAUAACUGUAAGUCGGCUGUUUACCUCUAAUGAAAUGUCUUUUCAUUGUCAUAUAGUCACGUAAGACAUCGUGUUCAGUUCUACAGAAAAUGGCCAUACUGGGCCACACUGCAGCUGCUCUCAUCUGACUUUGAUGUUGGAAUAAAUUAAGGUGCUCGGUUCUUCAAAUACAGAGAAACAUAAAGGGAAUCAAUAAAGUUUCCCCCCAUUCAACAAAUAUUUGACUUGAGUUCAUCGCAGCUCUUUAGAUGCUCAUGUUGUGGUAUGACAGGAAGUUCAAUUUUGGUCUGUUGUUCGUGCACAAAAUGUGUAUGUAACAUGUUUAUUUAUGAGUUGAUCAUAAUGGAUCAUGAUUUUGAAUUUGUUAAAUAAAAGUUUUGAAGAUGUAAGAUGUUAAAGCUCAUUUUAUCAGUUAAGGUGUAGAUUAUUACUCUGCUUUUCAAAGUGGUCUGUUUUAGUUACGUUAAUCUAAAGGGGCAAACCUCAAAGUCAAGAGGAGCUGCAUCCGACAUUGCCAGUGUCUUUUUAUUGUAUCAAAAUUAUAUCAUGGAUUUGCAUUCAGUUCACAUCAUUUGAUGUGUUACUUGGUCCUUAUUUAAGGAAACAUCUUUGCAUGGCAUAUCUUUUCCCCCAGAUAACCACUUUGGUGUUUUUCCAUGUCACAUGGUGGUUUCCUCUAGCUGGCAGAUUGUGGACAUGGCAAACCGCUGUUGAUUCAUUGGCACUUUGUAUGGAAGGCUUCUAUUGCAUUCUGUGAAAUAACAGGUCUGCCUUAUUAUGGUUUUAUCUUCUGCAUACUUUUAGACAUGGAAUACAUACUGUUGUGUUUUUGCAGUGUCAUUUGAUUUCUGUGUGCCAAGUGUUCCUUUGAGAUAAAGCUGCAUCAUAAUUUGCACAAAACUUUACAGUGUUCUCUGCUGACUUGCUGAUAGUCAUUUGACAAUACUGUACAACUCAGUUCAAGACAAUAAAACAAGUCAUGACCUUUCA